AUGGCCGCGCCUUCGACGUUUCCCCUUCCCGAUGGGUACUUUUCCUGCCCGGUGCUGUCGCCGGACGCCGUGCGUCAGUACGUGUCCAUGGGCGAGGCCAUGUGCCUGCAACUGGUUCAACGCGCCAAGUUGCACGGCGGCGCGAUCCAGUGGUCGAUGCUGGCAGACACGAAAGACGUCCAAAUGUACAGCGGACACGACCCCGACGGCCCCCCCGCCUCGUCCACGUUUUGUGGCGUCACUGUCGUGCCGUCGUCCAUCGACGAGAUCGCCGCCGCCUUCCAGUGCUCCAACACGCAGCAAUACCGUGAGUACUGCCGCCGGUUCUCAAGCGGGUGGUUGGAUGCAGUCAACUUGUACUCGGUUCAACCACGGACUGUCGCCCAGCCCUACUGCUCGACCAACAUCAAGUGGCAUGUCCAACAAAGCCCUGCGCCGUCCCUCAUCAAGCACCGAGAUCAUGUGUUCGUGGAGAGCUGCCACGAGUUUCACGUGAGCGGAACGUCGCUGCGGGGGUGGGUACAGGCGCUCAAGUCCAUCGAGCUACCCAUUUGCCCAGAGUUCCCCGCCAGUUUCAACGUCGUACGGGGCAUCCAGCACUUGUCGGGGUACGUAUUUUUGGAAUCGCCCGACCAGCCAGGCCAUGUGCGCGUCGCGAGCAUGUGGCAGUUGAACCCCCGGGGAAAAGUGCCCAAGUGGGUCAUCACCAACGCCAUCAAGCAGCGGUGCGUGGCGCUGCAGACGGACUUGAACUCGAGCUUUCAAAAGGCGCGGCUGCUGCAGUCCAUGCCCGCGUUGUUGCCGCAGCACGCGAUGAUCCCAACGUCGCAUCGGCUGCGCUGCUUUGCUUGUCAAAAGCGGUUUCGGCCGUUCAGCCGCAAGCAAAACUGCCGCGUGUGCGGCGAAGUCGUGUGUCGGCGAUGCUCGCAGACUUGGCAAACCAACGAACUCGACGUGUGUCUGUGCGUUGUGUGCUCAAUGGAGAUGGUCAAGCGACCAGUGCUGCCGCUGCCGGGGCCGUGUCAAGUGGACGGCGAUGGCGUAGCGUUGAUGGACAGGAGCGGCGGUGGCGCGGCAGAUGCAUUGAGCACCAUGUCGUCGUCCCAGAGUGACGAGGUUAUCGUUCCCCACAUGUGGCGCCAAGUGGAGGCACCGCCGAAGGACGGAAUGACUGUGAUCACCGUCGAGGACUUUCUCAACAUGAUCUCGAUCCUCGAAGAUGACGAUGCCGUCCGACGAACGUCGAUCGAUGCCAUGUCCAUGGACGAUGGCGAAGGUAGUUAUGUGGCCGAGAGCUGUCGCAACGAUCUCAUUCGAUUGCCCCGGGGGUGGGGGGAUUACAAUGACUAGUAACGUCAAUCAAGGUGGCGGCGGUACGGGUGAUGGCUGUGAAUUUAUAAAUCGAUAACGUGAAUGUGGUUAGUCGACACCGA